AUGGGGACUUCUGAGGUUCUGUUAACAGCCCUGUGGAGCCGAGCUCACGAGCUAACCCGAGCCAGUGGCUUGGAGCCAGCCAACAGGCGUCCCAGAGGUGGCAGCGCAGGGAGGGGCCUGACGCACAUACUUGGCCCCACGGGGGGUACGGCGUUGGUGGCUCCGGCCCCUGGACGAGGGACUGGUGGCCCAGGACCCUGCGUCUACUUUCAGAGCCGCCCUGGGGCUGCAGGUGAGGGCCCAGGUGGCAUAGACGAUGAGGGACCAGUGAGGCGCCAAGGGAAGGUCACAAUCAAGUACAACCUCAAGGAGCUACAGAAGCGCCUCAACCUGGAGAAGUGGAUCCUGGAGCAGCUCACUCACCUCUACAACUGCCAGGAAGAGGAGAUCCUGGAGCUGGAGAUUGAUGUGGAUGAACUCCUGGACAUGGAGAGUGAUGACACCCAAGCUGCCAGGGUCAAGGACCUGCUGGUUGACUGUUACAAACCCACUGAGGCCUUCAUCUCUGGCCUGCUGAGCAAGAUCCGGGGCAUGCAGAAGCUGAGCACACCCCAGAAGAAGUAAGCGUCCUCAACC